AUGGAUAUACUCGACCCUAUUGACAAAAAGAAAUUGAUAUUCACGUUAAGGAUUGCUGGUCGGUCAACAUAUGCUGCUCCUAGCUACUACACCAAGUCACCGAAAUACUACACGACCAAAGCGCCUGAAUACUACACCACCGCAUCCUACUACACCACUACAUAUGCUGCUCCUAGCUACUACACUGAAGCUCCCAAAACGACUUACGCUGCACCAAGUUACUACACCGAAGCCCCCAAGUACUAUGCUGUCCCCAGCUAUACUAUUACUACCGCUGCUUACUACACCGAAGCAGAAGCAACCAAGUACCACGUAGCUCCGACUUAUACUACACUGCUGACGCCGCUCGGUCUCACUACAGUGAGCCCAUUUACUACACUGAGACCCCUCACUUAUUACCCUGAAGCUCCAAAGUACUACUCGGUACCAAGCUACUACACUGAAGCCCCGGUUUACUCUGCUACAUAUGCCAAGCCAAGCUACUACACCGAUGCACCACAAUACUACACUACCGCUUCGGUCCGGUCCCCGAUUUACUACACUGAGGCUCCUAAAUAUUCGGCUCCAACCUACUACCAGAACGAGGCUCCGAAGUACUACACCACUAAGGCGUCUGAAUACUACGCCCCUAUUUAUGCUACCACAAGCUACUACACCGAAGCUCACGUUCAUUACACUACGACUUACUCCGCUCCCGAGUACUACACCACCAAGGCUCCCGAGUACUACACCACAACGUAUUCUGCUCCCAGCUACUACACCGAGGCACCCAAGUACUACUCAGCUCCAAGUUACUACCAAACUGAAGCCCCCAAAUACUACUCCACAAAAGCGCCAGAGUACUACACUAUACUACUUACGCUGCUCCCAGUUACUACACCGAGGCUCCAGCCUACUACACAACAUGUGCAACCCCAUCCUACUACACUGAGCCACCAAAGUACUAUUAAUCGUUAA